CGCGGUAAUAUUCGAUUUCCAUUUUCCACCUACCUUUCCCUUCCUCGGUUUUCCCCUUUGUCUAGCAGCUGCCUGCUGCUUCUCCAUCUUCUUCUCUUCCUUCACUUCCCAUCGAAACUGACAAUGGCGGACCAUGGCAUCACCUCCCCUCUCCUUUCUUCCCAGCCCUCCGAUCAGGUGGUCCUUACGGUGCGCGAUGAUGACUCUGAACGUUCAUCGACUCAAUCCCACAGUGGAAGUGACAACAGCAAUUUCCAGCAUCAUCACGACCAUCGCUCGAACGGCGGAACCCUAGUGGGUUCUUGCAACCCCUUUCGAUCUCUCGGGUGCGAGGACUUGUACGUGUCUCAGCCCACCACGGUGGAUCCGUUCCGCAACAACACGCCGUACAGAGGGGUCUACGAGUGGUUGAAACUUAUCAUUUGUUUGCCGAUUGCCUUGGUCCGUCUUGUUCUCUUUGGGCUGGCUUUGUCGGUCGGGUAUGCCGCCACGAAAUUGGCCCUUGAGGGAUGGAAGGAUAAGCAGAAUCCGAUGCCGAGAUGGAGAUGCAGGCUUAUGUGGAUCACCAGAAUGUGCGGCCGCUGCAUACUUUUUUCUUUUGGUUAUCACUGGAUAAGACGGAAGGGAAGACCUGCACCAAGGGAAACUGCUCCGAUAAUUGUAUCUAAUCAUGUAUCUUACGUUGAGCCCAUCUUUUUCUUCUAUGAAUUAUUCCCUACCAUUGUGGCGUCCGAGUCCCAUGACUCCUUACCUUUUGUUGGCACCAUUAUCAGAGCAAUGCAGGUGGUAUAUGUCAACAGGUUCUCACCGUCAUCAAGGAAGCAGGCUGUCCAAGAAAUAAAGAGAAGGGUUUCUAGCGAUAGAUUUCCUCGAGUACUUUUGUUUCCAGAGGGAACUACAACUAAUGGCAGAAAUCUUAUUUCCUUUCAACUUGGUGCAUUUAUUCCUGGUUACCCAAUUCAGCCUGUUAUAGUUCGUUAUCCUCAUGUACACUUUGACCAGUCGUGGGGUAAUGUUUCUUUAGCAAGGCUCAUGUUCAGGAUGUUCACUCAGUUCCAUAAUUUUUUUGAGGUAGAGUACCUUCCUGUCGUUUCAACUUUAGGUGAUAAAAAGGAAACUGCUUCACAAUUUGCUGAGAGGACCAGUCGUGUUAUGGCAACUUCAUUAAAUACUGUGCAAACAGGACAUUCGUUUGGAGACCUGAUGCUUUAUAUGAAAGCAAAGGAAGCAAAACAGGAGAACCCUGCAUUUUAUAUGGUUGAAUUGGCUAGAACGGAAUCAUUCAUCCGUGUAAGCAGCCUGGAAGCUGUCGAAUUCCUGGAUAAAUUCCUUUCCAUGAAUCCUGAUCCCAGUGGUCAUGUUCAAUAUCAUGACUUCUUGAGGGUUUUAGGACUUAAAGCUUGCCUUCUAGCGGAUGAGAUUUUUUCAUUCAUUGAUGUAGAGAAGAAGGGAGCAGUUACAUUUAAACAGUUCUUGUUUAAAUCUGCCCAAGUCAUGAAGCAGCCAUUAUUUCAUCAAACAUGUCAAUCAGCUUUUGCUGAAUGUGGGGGUGGCAUAAACAAAUAUAUAGUCGAGCGACAAUUAUUAGAUAUCAUCCGACCUGCUAUUCCCGACUUGGAGGAGGAUGAGGUUCAUGAUCUGUUUGUCGUAUUCGAUAUUGACAAUGAUGGUAAAGUAAGCAAGGAGGAUUUUCUUUCGUGCCUCAAAAUGAAUCCGCUGCUGAUAGCUCUUUUUAUACCGCACCUCCUUCUUAAAAACUUGUUAAGCUGUACUGACGAACAAGAGGAGAUAAUAUGAUGGGCAACAGGUAUAUCGUUAGGUGGUACUAAGGGCACCCAAAUUAAAUACUCGAGGCUUUUUUUCUUUCCGUGUAUUCAAAAGUGAUUAGGGUAGGAAGUUUCUGGUAUUGUCUAAAACACGGGUUUCUUUUUUAAGGCCUGAAAAAAAUGUGGGGUUCAAGGGCUUCCUUUUUUUUCCUUUUUAUUACCCUUGCCCUGGUGAAUAGAUGAACUACUAAGACGUCCCAAAUAUUUGGUUCCUAUGUUUUUCUUUGGUGGGUCAGGUUAACUGAAUUUUUGUUUUCUCUGGGUUUUGUAAUCACACUGAUCUGGUCUAGCAUAUUGCAUUAGGAUUUUCAUGAUUCAUGUAAGGUUAUUGUAAUCUGAAAUUACUCGUAUUUAUGUUUGUAACUAACAAUGAAAAUCCACUCAAGGAUGUAAACAUUGUGAAAAUUAUGGAAAAUUGAUGAGGAAGUACUCAGACAUUGAACCCUAUUGAAUUAAAGCUACAAAUCUUUGUUUAGAAA